GACCGGGCAUAAUUCUCGCAAGUGUGCUCGUAAGAAAAGGUCUAAGAAUAGAUCCAAAAAGAGUGGUAAUAUCAAUAAGGUUGUUGUGGAUUCCGACUCCAGUUCAGAUACAGACUCUUCUGAUAACGAUUCUUCAGAUAAUAACUCCGAUUCUGAGGAAACCUCAUCUGAAUCUGAAGCUGAUAUCAAUGUCAAUAUCACGCAUUUAAAAAAAAAGUAA